AUGGCAAGGUCUAAGGUCGCAGGACCCAGUCGCUCUGGUGGGCCAAGUCGAGGCGGCAUUCGGAAACGAGGUGCUCCCACAAGAACGGACCGCGAUGGCGAUCUCGAUAUGGGUGCAAGCACACAACGAGGACGUGGCGGUAAACGCGCUCGUGGACAUGGUCCCUCACGAGACCUGGCGUCCAGGAUGGAACUCGACCGCGACCGUAUUCGGAAAGCCAUCAGCAGUGGCGACGCCACUUCCCAAGCCAACAUCCGCCAAGGAGUGACGAAGGCACGUACUGAAGAGUUCAGCAUCACCGGCUGGAAAGAGAGCAAAGCAUCCACAAAUUCCGACGGAGGCAUUCGAAGCCUCAUCGACUGGCUCGAAAAGAAACUGUUCUCAACUAAACCUGGCCGCAAAAAUAUAAUCAAGCACCGUGUCGAAGGAGACACUCUUGUAGUCACUGUUCGACCGGAAUUGGUGGACAGGAUGUCACAGAUCAACGGAUUCACAUUUGCUGGAGCCGAACUCACUGUGGAAAAAUAUGAUGAAACACCUUCAAUAUCUACAGACGAGAUGAAAAAACGACUGAAAGCUUUCUUGGCCAACCGGUUCUUACCAGCAAACAAAAUAUUGAACCUGCAAAACCUGGCAGCAGACCCCAUCCUUCUCGAGAUGGGUCUCUUUAAAACCCCUACAAGCGAAACCAAGUUCUACCAAGCUUUGAUGAAAGUCUGGAGUCUGGAAUUUCCUUCCGAACAAGCUAGCCGAGAUGCCGUGGAAAAUCUCAGUCUUGCAAACAACGGACUGACAAAUAUCAAUCCAAUUACUACCCUUUCCCAAAACUUUCCGAAUCUCAAAGCACUCGAUCUAUCCAACAACAACAUUCAGGAUGAGAAAGCUCUAGACAAGUGGCGCUGGAAGUUCCGCCAGCUAGAGUUCAUUGACUUGACAAACAAUCCUUUCAGCUCACUUGGCAGCUUCAAAGACACCAUGAUGAAGUGGUACCCCAAACUCAAGACUCUCAACAACAUACAAGUUCGUACGGAUGAGGAGGUAGCCGCUCAAAACAGAGCUCCAAUUCCCGUUCAACCUCCUUUCUUCAAGGAUGAGGGCAACAUUGCGGAAACGUUCAUCCGCAACUUCUUCCUUGGUUUCGACAAAGACCGGAAUGGUACCCUCAAUCUCUACUACGACAACAACUCGUCUUUCUCAUACAAUGUGAAUCCUGUUGCCCCCCGUUCGGCACAGGACGUUACAACGACGCCUGCACCUGGUUGGGACAGUUGGAUAAAGGGCAGUCGAAACUUGAAGAAAAUACACCAUCUCGCAGCACGUAUGAGCCGCAUGUACGUUGGUAUCGAAAAAAUCCGCGAUAUCUGGAACACCAUGCCACAAACACAACACCCUGGUCUCGAUCAACCGGCGCAAUGGUUGAUUGAAUGCCAUUUGAUUCCCUGUCUUCCCGACGCCACUGGCCAGAGUCCAUCCGGCGUUGGAGGCUUCCUUAUUACGAUACAUGGUCAAUUUGACGAAUCAAGCGGCGGUAAAGUCGAAACCCGCAGUUUUGACCGCACCUUUAUUCUCGGUCCUAGUCCUGGCCCUGAAAACGUCAAAGUCAUCAGCGAUAUGCUCACUCUCAGAGCAUACGGCGGUUACACUGCCUGGGAUGUUAAUACCAAAAUCGAUACCGCACCCGCCGCUGGUGCACCACCAGCCCAUCCAGAGGCACCGCAAGGCUACGGCAUGCCAGCGCCAGGAAAGCCCGAUGUUCAAGUUCAACAGGAACAGUUAGUCCUCCAACUCAGCUUUGCAACACAGUUGAAAUUGGAGUUUUCGCAACGCGCUCUUGUGCAGCAUAAUUGGAGCAUUGAAGGAGCUCUGCGAGCUUUCGAAGAGUCGAAGGCACAAAAUCAAAUUCCAGCAGAAGCAUUUGUUGCUUUAGCACCAUAA